AUGAAGCGCUUGGGUGCCUGCAUCCUGCUGAUUGGGGGUUUUAUUUGGCUAUCCUACACCGUGAGGCUGAAGCAGAGAGAGACCCCGCAGGCCGGCCUCAGCCCCAGCCCCAACCCCAGCCGUGGCUCGGUGGAGCUGAGCGACGGGACCUUCACCUUCCGCUUGGAUUACGCCGCCUUCCGGGCCGAGUUCCCCCAGCUGCAGAGCUACCGGUGCCGGGAGCUGAUCCCAGGGGACGGGGUUUGCACCGGGCCCCCGGGGCUGCCCCUGCUGCUCCUGGCCGUGAAAUCCCACCCAGCAUCCAGCGCCAGACGGGCCACUGCCCGCCGCACGUGGGCCCGGCCCAGGGUCCUGGGGGGCUACCGGGUCCGAGCCGUCUUCCUCGUGGGGGUGUCCCCCGACCCCCGGCACCUGGCCCUGCUGGAGUGGGAGAGCCAGGAGUUUGGGGACGUGGUGCUGUGGGAUUUCGCUGAGAGCCACCAAAACCUGUCGCUCAAGGAGCGCUGCUUCCUGCGCUGGGUGGGGGCGCACUGCGGGCAGGCGGAUUUCAUCUUCAAAGGGGACGAUGACGAGUUUGUGAACCCCCCCGCACUGGUGACCUACCUGGGCCAGACGCCCAACGCCUCCCACAUCAUCCACGGCAACAUCCAGCGCCAUGCAGUCGUGAUGAGAG